CAGCGUUCAACUGUUUUAUAAACCGAUUUGCGUUCCGCCGGUCGGGGAGCAAUGACCAGCAGCGUCAACGUCUGCCAGCGCACCCAUCAGAUUGAAGUCGAAUCUCUGCGAGAGUCAGACAAAGUGCGUCACAGCCUCCUGCUGAUAAAGGGCCGACUGCUGCCCAGCUGCUCCAGUGGCAAUCAGCUGACGGCUACACUAUCUUUGCGCCGGUCGAAACGGGAGCAACUCACCCAGCUGUCUGCUGUUGGUGAGUUUAAGCUACUGUUUGAUUUGGAAUCAGAGUCGGAUAAGGAAUCGCAGGAGGUGCAGGAGGAGGAGCCGUGUGAGCUGCAAUUAAACUGUUGCAGCAGCAAACGUUUGCUGCAAUUUAGCUAUCAGCGACGUCUCAGCACUUAUCGUGUGCAACCAUUGUAUCUAUUGUGUCGUCCCAGCGACCACGACGACGAGCCGGCAGAAUCAGAGCAGUUGCAGCGCGAACGGUGCACUUUAAUUGAUUUGAAUCUGCGCCUGGUGCAAUGCAUUUAUGCGCAUAAGCUGCAGGCUGCCGGCUAUGCGAAUCGCACGUUCAGCUUAAACGGCACCUGUCAAAUCUUCCGCAGCCAGCUGAGUGGAGCGACGGUGCGUGGCUGCGGCGAGGACGAACUCUGGCAGCGAUUCGCCAGCGAGAUACUCGCGUGUCCCAACUGGGGCCAGCAGCUGCAUCUUAAGUUUAUUGCAUUCAUUGGCUGUACCCAAUACGACGGCGCUGGAGUGGCAGCCAGUGGUGAUUACAGUUACGCGAAUAUCCGUCGGAAUCUGAAGGCGCACGCUGCUUUGGGUGGCGGUGGAUUGGCUCUGUUUGGAAGCGGUCAUUUUUAUGCAUGGCCACGACGCUUUGCGGAGAUUGGCGAGUGCAUACGGAGCACGAGGCGUGUGGAUGUGACACGACUGCCGGACGAGAGCAACUAUCGACGCACCUACGGCGGCGUUUAUGCCAGCACCUUGGGCGCUGUCUGUCACGAGCUAGGCCACUGCUUCGACCUCGGCCACACCAUCGAUGGUGUGAUGGGCCAUGGAUUUGAUUUCCUAAAUCGUGUGCUAACCGUUGAUCAGCCCACGGAGCAUCUGCCGCAGCGUAUUGUGGCGGCUGCGGCGGUGGCGGCCACAGAUGCAUCCACAUCUCUGGUGCGUCCACGAUUCACCCAGCUGAAGCUAAAGAAGCCGGCGGGCAGCGAGUAUCUGGAUACCUAUCACGAGCAGCGACGCAACGAUAGUUUCUACUUUACAAACAACUGUGCCGUCAUUCUCGCCCAGCAUCGCUGGAUGCGACCCGACUUGGAGCCCCAGGCUCAGAAGCAGCAGCCACACAUUGAGUUGCUGUCAGCGAGCGCUGAAAUUGUGUCAAGUAUACCACUGCGUCUCAUCGAGUUGCGCUGCAAUCUAAAUAGCCUGGUUGCCCACUACGAGGUGUUCGAGGAGCAGCAGCAGGCGCAUCGCUUCCAGCUGCCCGCUGCGCUCUGGCAUCUUUUGACCACCCAGCGCACCCACUACGUCUUUAUACUGACCAUUGACGGCGACACCAAACGCUUGACCUGUGACAACGCUUCCAACUAGCUAUCGCCCCGAGCUCAACUGGAGCAGCAGCUGUAGGAUCGUACAGGAACCCAAUUAAAUAUGGUGGAUGCGCGC